GGACUCAGCGGCUCUCUGGCGCUCUCUGACCGGCUGCGGUUCCCGCUGCAGCCGGUAAUCUGCGCGGUCCGGAGCCGCGGCUCCUGACAGACAUGGCGGCCGUGAAAACGUUCUCCUCGCAGGCGGCGCUGAUCAUGGAGGCGGCGGUGGAGUCCGCGGUGUGCGUCCUGCAGCAGACUGACGGCGGCACGGAUCAGCUGAACGCCGUGUUGGACGUGAUGUCCAGAGAAGCUGUACGGAAAAUCUGCAGCGUCUUCAGAGAACUUUACAUGGCGGUGGUGAUGGAGAACGAAGCUCUGAAAGACAAACUGAGACGACUGAACUCCGAAAAACCAAAGGUCCAGAAGAGCUGUGCAGCGCUGAGCACGCAGACGCUUUAUCAGAUCCAGCCCUCAGAUGGAUGCUCAUCUCCGGACAGACGUCCGGCCGCUCUGACCAUGGCUAUUCUCGGCUCCGAUGGUGGCGGCCCUCAGGUACCCGUCGUCAUCAUCAGCCCACCGCUGCACGCACCAAUCACAGGCCAGAACAGCUCGCCCCCUCAGAUGGAGGUGGCUUUGGAAACAACAGAUUCUGAACCGUCACCUGAUGCCGCCCCGUUCUCUGACAUCACAUCACCUCCUGUGGCUCCACCAAUCGCUGAGCAUCCAGGCGCUGGCUGGGUUCAGGCAGCUGAAGAAGCUGCAGCAGCAGAGGUGAAGAUGGAAACUGUUGAAGAGAAACAUGAGGAUCAGAAGGUUCAUGAGAGCCGAACAGUGUGUGCAGCUCUGAGUGAGGAGGAGCAGAAGGAGCAGGAGAGGAGGAGGAGGAGGGAGCUCUACAAAGAGAAGAGGUUCUUCUGUGAGCUCUGUAACAAAGGUUUCCAUCAGAAGCACCAGCUGAUGAAGCACGUUUCCUGCCACCUGAAGCCGUUUCCCUGCAGCUCCUGCGAUAAAGGCUUCUACCGGGCCCAGACGCUGCACAAACACCAGCUGACCCACCAGCUGAGGGAGGCGCAGGAGAACGACCCGGACAAGCUGCUGCGCUGCGACCAAUGCGACAGGAAGUUCCGGCUGCUGCGCCAGCUGCGAGUCCACCAGGCAUCUCACCGGCUGGAGAAGUCGCCACUGAAGUGCCACACCUGCGACCGCACCUACACCUCCACCAGCGCGCUCAGGUACCACGAGGUGUCGCACGCCAAAAUCAAGCCCUUCAUGUGCGACGUCUGCGGGAAGAGCUUCACCAGGAAGAAGAGCCUCCGAGAGCACCAGACCGUUCACACCGGCGCCCGGCCGUACACCUGCCAGACCUGCAGCAAGAGCUUCUCCACCGCCAGCAACCUGCGCGUCCACAAAAGGUCGCACUCGGAGGAGCGGCCCUACAAGUGCAGCGAGUGCGACAAGGCCUUCAAGUGCAAGAUGGGGCUGCUGCAGCACCGAGUGGUUCACUCCGGAGAAAAACCCUUCAUGUGCCAGACCUGCGGAUUGAGCUUCGGCUUGAAGUACAACUUCCAGAGACACCUGAGGCUGCACAAUGGGGAGAAACCGUUCAGGUGUGAUAAGUGUGGGGAGGGCUUCACCGGUACCUGGGCUCUGAAGACCCACAUGUUGGUUCACGGCGUGGAGAAGCCAUUCAUGUGCGACUUGUGUGGAAAGACGUUCUUCUACAACUGUCAGCUGCAGAAACACCUGCAGCUGGUUCACGGCGGUCCAGAUCGAGGGAAGUCCAGCGAGACGAGCCGACGCAGAUCGACAGGCGUCAAGCCGUUUGGCUGUAAAACCUGCCUGAAGAGCUUCAGCAGCAGCAGCACACUGAGGACGCAUGAGAAAAGCCACACCCAGAGCAAAGAGUUCACCUGUGACACCUGCGGGAAGGCCUUCCACCUGCGACACCUGUAUUUGUACCACCUGAGGCAGCACAGUGGCGACCGGCCACACGUCUGCAGCAUCUGCCACAAAGGCUUCCUGCUGGCGUCGCAGCUGAAGCAGCACGAGCUGCUGCACACCGGAGUCAAGCCUCACCGCUGCGAGCAGUGUGGCAAGGCGUUCAGGACCCCGCAGAACUACCACCGCCACCUGCUGGUGCACACCGGAGAGAAGCCCUACCAGUGCGCUGUCUGCAGCCGCAAGUUCAGGCAGUCCAACCAGCUCAAGUCCCACAUGCAGAUCCACACCGGCAUCAAGCUGUACUCCUGUGAGCGCUGCCAGCAGGGCUUCUCCGACUCCCGCCAGCUCAAGAAACACCGCUGUGGAGACACGGCUCAGACCUCGUUGGAGUCCGGCGACAAACGCAGGAAACAGAGGGACAUGUUCCCCUGGACAGACGAUUUCACCAGCCAGUGACACCAGAGAUAGUCGAUACCUCCUGAGAUGUUUAGUAACACCUGAAAUAGGCAGCAACACCUUCCUCUCUAUCAUGUG